UUUUAUUAGUGAUAAGCAUCUCGCUUCCUCCCAGUGUAGAAACAUUUCAUGCAGCCAAACCUUGACUUAUUGUAAACAGACUAAGGAGGGUAUAUCCCAUUAACAUUAGAACUGAUCGAGCUUUGCUGAGAACUUUUGGCCAGCACUGUCACUGCAGUGAUUUUCAGUUGAACUUGAUGUUGUUGCAGAGAGGAUUACAAAGAUGAUCAAAAAUAGGAGGCAACUUUUGUGAGAUUCUGUACUACAGAUUAUAAAGCAGUUUCAAGGAAUGAAGGAUGUGAUACAGAUUUUAAAGAAGGAAUUUAUUGUGGAGAGUUUCACAAAGGGAGACUACUCUGGUAUUUAGAGACACUGCUGGGAAUUUCUGAGUGACGCGGUGGUACUAUGUGGAAAAAGAUCUUUGCCCUGUUUAUUGGGGUCCUGGUAGGGUACUGGUUGAUUGAUGACUUUAAUCCAGAUGUACUAAAGGGAAAGAGAGUUGUUGUGACAGGCUCCUCCACAGGAAUUGGGGAACAGAUUGCGUAUCACUAUGCGCGUAUGGGGGCCCAGGUACUGGUAACAGCACGAAGGGAGAACAUACUUAAACAGGUUGUGGCUCGCUGUAAAGAACUCGGACCCAAGGAUGGCAAAUAUUUCUACAAAGCAGCAGACAUGGUCAACAUGUCCGCAACAAAAGAUGUUAUACAGGAAGCUUAUGACAGACUUGGUGGUAUAGACAUUCUGAUUCUGAACCACAUACUGCCCAUCCCCCUGGGUAUGUGGGACGGGUCCCCACAAAACCUCUCCCUGACGGAUAAAAUUGUGGACGUCAACUUCAAGGCUUACGUCCACCUCACCUCUCAUGCUCUACCUCAUCUCGUGGCUUCUAAUGGCAGCCUCAUUGUGGUGUCUUCACUGGCAGGGAAGAUAGGACAGCCCUUCACCGCUGUAUACUCCGCUACUAAAUUUGCUCUGGACGGAUUCUUUGGUGCUCUCCGUCAGGAAUUUAAACUCAAGGGAUGUGAUGUCUCCAUUACUCUGUGUGUAAUUGGUCUUGUUGGUACAGAGAAUGCGAUUCGUGGCCUCCGUGACUAUGGACAACACUUCCUUCUAGCCAAGUUACCAGCGGAAACCCCCAGUGACACAGCCUUGGCUAUAAUAAAAGGAGGGGCCAGGAGACAGAGAGAAAUCUAUCAUCCCUACCUCAGUAUGAGGGUCAUGACCUUUCUGCGGGACUGGCUACCAAAUGUUGUGGAGUAUAUAAACAGAUCUAUGUUCACCGUACCUCCCUAAGGCAUAGGUAAACUUAGG